ACUUCCGGUUUAUAUUUCGAAUCGAGUUCGGGAUCGGGAGCGUGAAAUGUGUCGUUAAUUGAAAGUGAUACAUGAAUGAUUGUAUGAUUCCUCCUCCAGACUCUACAUGAUUAUUCUGUUGAAAUGAAUAAGAAUCCAAAGACUAAUCAGUCUUACAGAUAUGCCACACAGCGGCCAAGGGGAAUAGGAGACAGACCUAUUCGCUUCAAAUGUUCUCUACAAAACACCAUCAUAGAUGUGCUGCGGUCUAAAGGAUGGACAGAGGUUAGAGAAGAAGAGACUGACUUUGAUAUCUUCUGGGCGGAUCGAGGUUGGAUGAAGGAGUAUUUUGACCAAUGCUUCAUGCAAGACCAUGUACGCAUCAAUCAUUUCCGUAACCAUUAUGAGCUAACAAGAAAGAACCUGAUGGUUAAGAAUCUGAAGAGACAUCGCAAGAUGCUGGAGAGAGAGGCUGGCAAGAUAGAGGCAUCAAAGUGCGACUUUUUCCCUAUGACAUAUGAACUGCCUUCGGAGUAUCACAUGUUUGUGGAUGAGUUUAAGAAGUAUCCUGGCUCGAUUUGGAUCAUGAAACCGGUGGCUAAAUCUCAAGGCAAAGGCAUCUUUCUCUUCAGGAAACUCAAGGACAUAACAGACUGGAAGAAGAGCGACACGUACCGUCCAAGAGAAGAGAAGAAUGAUGACAAGGAGCCAGUGGAGACAUACAUCGUGUCCAAGUAUAUUGAGAAGCCUUACCUUAUAGGUGGAAGGAAGUUUGAUCUCAGGGUCUACGUAAUAGUCACUUCAUACAUACCUCUGAAGGCGUGGUUAUACCGGAGUGGCUUUGCCAGGUUUUCCAACACUCGCUUCUCUCUUGAUUCCAUCGAUGAUGCUUAUGUUCAUUUGACUAAUGUAGCCAUCCAGAAGACUGCUCCUGACUAUGACGCAGAGAAGGGGUGUAAGUGGUCCAUGCCUCAGAUCAAGAGAUACUUCACAGCUAAGCAUGGCAUUGAAAAUGUGGAACAGAUGUUUCGGAAUAUCAACGAUAUCUUCAUCAAAAGCCUCCAGAGUGUUCAGAAGAUUAUGAUCAACGACAAGCACUGCUUUGAGCUUUAUGGUUAUGACAUCCUUAUAGAUCAAGACCUGAAGCCCUGGUUGAUAGAGGUAAAUGCAUCUCCAUCACUGACAGCAAGCAGUGAAGAAGAUUACAUUCUCAAGUUUGGUCUCCUGGAAGAUGUCUUGCACAUCAUAGAUAUGGAAGGAAGGAUGACGGGUAAAGAGAAGCGGAUAGGAGGAUUUGAUCUGAUGUGGGACGAUGGACCCGUCAUGGCUGAAGAGGGCGGUGUGGACUGUAUCAGUCCUCCUUCAUACUCAACAAAUACAUUCCUGGGCUGCCACAAUGACAGGAAGAGACAACUGAGGCAACUCUUCAAACAGCUCGCUGCUCAACGCAAAACGUGACACCAUCUCAAUAUUGAACACUGUUUACAAAUUGCCUUAUGCUUGUGUGCAUGUGUUGAAGUCAGAUGAAGUUUGUGCAAUGCAAUGCAACUCCUAGAUACUGAUAUCAGUAGGUCUGAUGCUGUUGAGUAGAUAAGUGUGUACUCAUCCCCUUACGACGCAAGAUACUUCCUAUAGUCAUCAUUGAUCAUCAUGGAAUAGUAUACAAAUAAUAAAUGUUCUUAUCAUUCGUGCAAUGGACAAAAUACUUCACGAGGUGAAAGAUGAAAUGAUCCAUUCAACGAGGCAUAGCAGAGUUGAAUGGAUCAUUCGUUUCAUCUUUCACUGAAUGAAGUAAUUUGUCCAUUGCACGAAUGAUAAGAACAUUUAUUAUUUGGUUUAUAUGACACCUAAAAAUAGAUUCUAUUGCAUAUGAAAUGUGUGAAUUUCGAUGCAAAAUAAUUAUGUUCAUGCAGUGUGAGCUCGGUCUGUUGAUUGUCACGUGCAAUGGACAAAAUCGUAUGGAUCCAAAGUUGCACGAUUAAAAAAAAAUGGAUCCAAAAUUGCACGGUUGAUGACGUCAUUGUAAAAUGGGCUGAAUGAUCGAUAUCAAACAACCAAUCAAAUGGCAAGGAUCUGUCUAGGUGUCAUUUAAAGUUUAAUAAAUAAGAAGUCUCUGGUCCGAAAAAGGAAUGUCCGAUUCAAUAUAUUCAGUAUAUUAUCUCGCACCAGCACAAUGUAAUCUACUCCUCAUGAGAGCUCAGGCUCUGAUUCAUUUCCAGCUCUCUUUUCAUAACCGAAAUGCAAUGCAGGGAAUCAUUUUGAUUUAUACAUUUGAAUAGCAUUUUUGGUCAUAAGAAAAAAGCUAUCAACUUAUUAAGUUAUGUACAGUCCUACAUGUAUAUAAAAAUAUAUUAUAGUUCACUUUAGGCAUAGCAGUCUUUCAAAAAUGUGGAGCGAAUUGCGAUUCCCUGCAGUGCCAUGAAAAAUUCUGACCAUACAAAUUUGAAGGGGGUAAAGUAGUGAGGUAACAGUGGUUAGAUGACCCCCCCCCCCCCAAGAAACUACUUGCCACUAUUAAGGCACACAUUAGCACAACAUUCUUGCAGUUGUUUCAGCUUCAUAAAGCCUUUUAAUAAUUACAAAAGUACUGGUCAAUAUACAUAUUGUACAAUAUGAUAGCUUCUGUGGAAAAGAAAAUGCAAAAUUGAACAGAAGUUUAGCUUUAUACAUGUAUUUACAGUGUUUGUUCAUAUUUUUGAAGCAAGAUCUAUUUCUGACUUCUCUUUAUGUUUUUUUAUAAUUGCCAUAUUAUAUUUCUCACACUUAACUUUGGCCCUUUUGGCCAUCCAUGACAUCAUAUGGGUUCUCACUACCCCUCUGUUUGCCAAUAUUUGAUCACUUUACAGUAUUCAUAAGAAAAAUUCCCAUCAAUAUAUUAAAAGAAAUCAAAACUUGUACCUUUCUGUACGUACUACAAUGACAUACAUUUAAUAUGGUAUCGAAAGUGACAGCUAUUUUUUGACUGGCCAUGAACAUUUUCAUGUAUUUAGAGCUGGAUGUAAAACCAUAUUAUCUUUGCCUUAAAAAUGUUUUUUGAUGAAAAUCUAAUUGUGAUGUGAAAUGAUUUGUAUGUUGAUAUUCAAAAGGUACAAUUAAAACCAUUUUCAAUAUAUCAUUUUCUUGUAAUGUGUGCAUCAAAUCGGUUAAAGGUCAAGUCCACCCCAGAAAAAUGUGGAUUUGAAUCAAUAGAGAAAAAUCAAACUAGCAUAAUGCUGAAAAUUUAAUCAAAAUCGAAUGUAAAAUAAGAAAGUUAUGACAUUUUUAAAGUUUCGCUUAUUUUUCACAAAACAAUUAUUUCAACAUCUCAGUGACAUGCAAAUGAGACAGUCAAUGAUGUCUCUCACUAUUUCUUUUGUUUUUUAUUGUGAGAAUUAUACAAUAUUUCUAUUUUUUUACCGAUUUGAAAAUUAAGGCCAACUUGGCUGAACCAUAGUAUAAAAAUAAUGCUAAUUCUGCAUGUUCAGGGAGGAAUUAAUAUUUGUUUCACUUGACAAUGAGAAACUUAGAAUAUUUCAUAUAAUAAAAUACAAAAUAGUGAGACAGAUGGGAUGACGUCAUCAGUUACCUCAUUUGCAUACCGACCAGGAUAUGCAUAUAACUGCAGAGAUGCCAACCCUCCCGAUUUCAUCGGGAGGCUCCCGAAAAUUCAUCCCAACUCCCGCCCUUACGAUUACCAUCCUUAUCCUCCCGAAAUUACAAUUUUUUUUGCAUUGAUCAAAUUGGAUUGGAAGUACAUGUAUCGUCUGCUAACUUUAGCAUGUAGUAACUCCAUUACGUUUCGCUGCUACUAAAUUCUGUGUGAAAGGCAGACAAAUAAGGAGCAGCGAAAAGCUGGUGCAUGUGAUAUGCCCAACGGGAAUCCACUGUGCACCAGGCCGGUAGGCCUGGCUAGCUUCGCGAGGCGUGUGCGCUCGCGGCCGCUGGAUUUGUCGAGUCGUGCGAUGGAAUAUCGGUGUGUGAUUUCGGCGUAUUGAUGGGUUGAUAUUGACACGAAAUGGCGGAAAAUCAACAAAAAAAGACCAAGAAAUGGUCUCAGAAGUAUAAGACUGAAUACAGUCUCCAGUACCCGUGUAUUCGGAAAGAGGAAUCUACCAUGCAUUUUGCACAAUUUGCAGCGUGGACAUUAAAGUUGAGCACGGAGGUCGUGAUGAUAUUCGGAAGCACGUAGGGAGCAAACGGCAUACGGACAUUGCGAAGACGAGAUCUUCGAGCUCCACUAGUACCCUGUUGACUUAUUUCACCAAGCAAGGGACCAGCGAGGAGGAAGACGUUACCCGCGCUUUAAUAAUAAUAAAGAGGAUAAUUCCUCAUUAUUAUAGUUGAACAGGUACUUUUCUUCUAUUGUCCCCUCAUUUUUUUUACAUGUAAAAAUGCAUAUUUGAUAUUUUUAUUUUUAUGUCAAAAAAGUGGGAACAAUGUUUUUUUAAAAACAUGUGAAAUGCUCCAAAAUAAGGGUCAGAUUGCACCAGAGAGCAUCUAGAAACCCAGAGCUUCCAGGGCCCUAAGGCGGGCCCUCGACCCCGGCCGCAAGGGUCGAGCGCUCUGCGCUCGAGAUGUGCGCUACGCGCACAUAAUUUGGUGUCGGUUGCAAAUCCUCCCUAAUUCUGAUUUCCAAAAGUUGGCAUCUCUGUAACUGUUUUGUGAGAUUUUCAGCAUUAUGCUUGUUGGAUUUUUCUCUUUUUAUUCAAAUCAAUCUUUUGUUGGGGUGGACUUGUUCUCAGAAGACAUGCAUAGAAAUAAUCACAAAAACGUAUAAUGUGCAAAUUAGGCCUUUAAAAACUUGUACAAAUAUAUCUGGCUCGGAAUUGACAAGCCCUCUGACGAAUAGUUGAAAGCAGAAAAAUGAAAAUAUUGGUGAAGGUUGGAUGCAUAUUUGUCAAAGAAUUGUCAAAAAGAGCAGCUCCAUCAGAUUUCCUAAAUUGUAAAUUUUCAACUCCUUCAACAAAAUGAAACAUUCCAUUACAUGAUAUGGGGGAGCUGCUCACAUACUGUAUGUCAUAAUUUAUGACAUGAUUUUGGGGACCCGAUUUGUUCACGACUAGUUUGCGCAUCAAAUACUGUCACGUAGCACCAUGUCAUGAAAUACGCAGACCAGUGUAAGGUAAUGCUUGAAGUUCAGUGCCAAAAUAUUAGAAUUCUUUUUUUAAUUAUUCAUAAACUGUGUGCAACCUUGUCGAGCCAAGUUACGUGGGGCACACAUGUCACAAAUUUGUGAAUAGGUUACGCCUAAAACGCAUGCGCAGUUUGGCUGUAACAAACGGAAAUUCACAAAUCAUCAUGGAGUCCGACUGUAUGCCCCAAUGAAUGACAACGACGUGAAUGACGUGACGGUGCAUGAACUAUUCGUAAAUACUGCAUGAACAUGCUGUGCCUAUGCGUAAAUCCGUGAUCGGAGGCACUUUGUGGCCCACAUUGUCACAUGUUAACACGGUUGUGCUUAUGAGGGAACCAAAAAAUCAUGCAAGUGUCAUUGCAUUAUUCAUAUUUCCCGAUUUCCAUUUUGAAUAUAUAUAUCAUCAAACAGAGAAGGCCAUGACCUGGACUACUGUCACUGCUAUGAGCAACAUCACGCAAACAAUUCAUCAUGACAAGAAUCCUUCAAAAAUGUUUGUUGCUGAACAAGAUUGUUGUACAAGCAUUUGUUAUACUGAAAUAAAGCCAUUUGAUUGGAACAUAAA